CUUCACUCGGGCGUUUGUGCGGCGCGGCCCGGGCGCAGCUCCUCGCCGCCGGGCCUAAGCGGUGCACGGGAGGGGGCCGGGCGCCCUCCGCACGUGCCGCGGCAGACACGCGCACCAGCAGCCCAGCGGGCAGGGCUGCGGCGUAUCAGGUUGCAAAGCCCUCUUCCCUCCCCUCGCCGCUCUCCGCGCGUUGACGUGCGAGAGGCGGCGGUGGGGCUUCGCGAGCGAAGAUGGCAGCGCUGGCCGAACCUCUGGGGCUGGAGAGGGAUGUGGCGCGGGCGGUUGAACUGCUGGAGCGGCUGCAGCGCAGCGGGGAGGUGCCCCCUCAGAAACUCCAAGCCCUUCAGAGGGUGUUGCAGAGCAAAUUCUGCUCGGCCAUCAGGGAGGUCUAUGAGCAGUUGUACGACACACUGGAUAUCACGGGGAGUGCUGAAAUUCGGGCGCAUGCCACGGCUAAGGCGACGGUGGCUGCUUUCGCAGCAAGCGAAGGCCACGCGCACCCACGGGUGGUGGAACUGCCGAAGACAGACGAGGGUCUGGGCUUCAACAUCAUGGGGGGCAAGGAGCAGAACUCUCCCAUCUACAUCUCCCGGAUCAUCCCAGGGGGCGUGGCUGACCGCCACGGCGGCCUCAAGCGAGGAGAUCAGUUGCUGUCAGUCAAUGGCGUGAGCGUGGAGGGAGAGCAGCAUGAACGGGCGGUGGAGCUCCUGAAAGCAGCCCAGGGCACCGUGAAGCUGGUUGUGCGCUACACGCCUAAAGUACUCGAAGAAAUGGAGGCGCGCUUUGAGAAGAUGCGGACGGCGCGGCGCCGGCAGCAGCAUAACAGCUACUCAUCCCUGGAGUCCCGAGGAUAAUUGGCAUCGUUAUCUAUCUGGUUUGUUUGGGCUGGCCUGCGAUUUUUCCCACCCCCACCCCACCGCACCCUCCCCGAUGGUUUUAUCUGUAUAGCAGGAGACAUAUUUAUCUGCCUUCCUCCUCUUUGCCAGGAGGUGAGCUCCUAUGUACAGUAUUUAUUCUCCACAAUCCUCUUAUUUAAAGAUGUUCUGUGUGAGUGACUGUGUAUCUGUGCGAGUCCCUACCCUUUGUGAAACUGAAGAAGGUACCGCAAAGCUCCCGAGAGCCGGUUCUUUGCUGCCUAUGAUGUACAGGGCUAUCAAAAAUUAGAGGAAAAUGGAAAGCUCCCACGUGAAAUGCUUCUACUCUAGACAGGGCCGUCUUAAGCACCUUUGGCUCCCUGGCGCCGUGGUGCGACGGAUCCCUCCGCCGCCGCCCCGUUUUCCAGUGCGACGGGCGACCGGGCUCAGCGCGGUCGCUGAGGGCGCUGCUGCGCGACGGGCGGGCUUGCUGAGUGGCCGGCGG